UUGCGAAUUAUUGUACUAGACUUCUCGGUGAAUUAGAUUUUGGACAUUUAAUGUUAAGACAUUGCAGCUUAAACGUUAUGAAAGUUAGCUUGUAAGCUAACUAACGUUACCAUGUUCUGGUUGGCAAAGAAGCCUCAUAGAGAAACUUUGUGCAGCGUUGUGAACAACCACGACAUGAACCCCAAGGGCCAGCCUGUCAUUUUCAACCCAGACUUCUUUGUAGAGAAACUUCGUCAUGAGAAGCCAGGCGUUUUUACCGAUCUUGUGCUAAGCAACAUUACACGACUCAUUGAUUUGCCAGGGGUAGAGUUUGCUCAACUUUUGGGGGAAGUUGAAACUAAAGUACCUAUCUCCACUGGCUUCCUCCGAUCCUUCAAUUUCCUCAAACGCAAAGAUAAGGGAGUCAUAUUUGGAGCUCCUAUAACAGAAGAGGGAAUAGCACAAAUAUACCAACUCAUUGAGUACCUUAGCAAAAGCCUGCAUGUGGAGGGUCUCUUCCGAGUGCCGGGGAACAGCAUCCGGCAGCAGGCCCUGCGAGAGAUGCUCAACAACGGGGCGGACAUCGACCUGGAGACGGGGGACUACCACCCCAAUGACGUGGCCACCGUGCUCAAGGUCUUCCUGGGGGAGCUGCCAGAACCGCUGCUGACUCAACGUCACUUCCACGCCCAUCUCAAAAUAGUCGAGCUCACAAUCCUGGACGAGGGGGGCAACAAGAGCAGCACUCCAGAUAAGGAACGUCAGAUCCAGGCCCUCCAGCUCCUCCUCAUGCUUCUGCCCCCCGCCAACCGCAGCCUGCUCAAGCUACUCCUGGACCUGCUCUACCAGACAGCCAAACACCAAGACAAAAACAAGAUGUCAGCCUCCAAUCUGGCCCUCAUGUUCGCCCCACACAUCAUUUGGCCAAAAAGAGUGCACGCUAAUGAUCUAAAGGAGAAUAUUAACAAGCUGAAUGACAGCAUCACUUUUCUCAUCAAGCACUCUCAGAAAUUGUUCAGGGCACCUACCUACGUCAGAGAACUUGCUAGAAUGCAUUUCGUAGGAUCAAAGUCAAAGGAUGACAUGGACCUCGGCGGAUGCAUCCCCCACCUUAGUGUCACGGUGGUGCCCAGCAAGAGGCCCUGUGUGGAGGACAGCUCCACCGGGGCGGCGCCGCACACGCAGGAGGCCCUUCGAGAGCUCUUCAACCACGUCAGCAACAUGCCCGACUCCGCCAAGAAGAAGAAGCUCAUACGCCAGUUCAAUAAGCAAGAACCUUCUGGAACUCCUGUGUCCACCCGGUCAUCAGUCAAGAAGCACAGUCGCUCUCGUACCUUCAGUGGGAUAAUAAAGAGGAAGGUUCUAGGGAGUCAGGCAGGUGACAAGGGGGAUCGACACGUUUCAACCGAGUCUCCUGUAGUCCUGAGUCAAGGCAAAGAGAAAGUGGGUUCCACGUCUUUCUCAAGGGCAUGCCUUUCACCAGGAGAGCAGACUACUAUUGGCAAACUUCAAUAUUAAUUUUGGGAAAAAAGUUGUUCUUAGGAGCAAGCUACCUUUUACUGAGCUGUCCACCUCCCCCCAAAUGGAAGAUGCGGUCACUGUUAGAUAUAACGUCUCUUGUCAUGUCCCAGGAGGAGUUGAUUUUAGUGUCUGGUUUUACAGAGAUCACUCAUGGAUUAUACAGAUCUCAAAUUCAGUAAUAUAAAGUAUAUUCUAGGGCAAACACAGAUUUUUUUAUUUCAUUA